CACGGAACUCUCCUUUUUUGGGGGCCCUUUGUUUGGUUUCUGUUCAGGGCGGAAGGCCGCCCGGACGCCUUGGUUCAGAUGGAAAUUUCUCCUGGGCCUGAUGCUGGCGAAGCUGCUGGUGUUGGCAGGGGCUGUUGCGGAGGAGGGCAACGGCAACGGUCUGUGCUGGUACAACAGCGAUCGCAGCUAUGAGCGGUGUUGCUUGGGAGGUGAUCCUGGGUGCUGGGUGGGCAUUUGGGUCACGGCCGACAUGUGCUGCCAUCCCAUGUCGCCGCAGCAGCAGCAGUGCUUCGACGAGAUGGAGGGCCGGGUGGAAGCCAAGCUGAGCAAGCUACGAGAAACUUUGGCCGCAGCUGAAGAAGCUGGUCUCACGGAGUUCCUGGGGAGGGGGAGGAUGUAUCGUUAUACAGCCAGCUAUGAGAUCCUCUUGUCUCAGCCGCUCUCUUUGUGGUCCUGGGCCUGCAGUGUGUCGGAUUCCCCUCUGCUUUGGAGCGACUCUUGCGCUUGCUGCGAGCCCCCAGAAGAGGGCUGCGACGAGACCGACGGCACGCAUGGACAGAGGCAGAGCGCCUGGUCCAACUUUGUGGGGUGCUGCUACACCAUCUACGCUCGGAAGGCCCUGGAUCCGCCGGACGAGGCGCUGGAGCAGAGCAUCCAGGAACAGCUGCAGGGCCUCACCCCGCGGCGGAAGAGCGUCAUGGAGGACGGGCCGCAGCUCUCCUGGAAGCUGGGCACCACGACGUUGGCGCGGGGCUGCGUUGUGUCUGUCCACGCCGACGGAUCGGUGACGACCUGCGAGGAGAGCCACGCUUGCCACGGCGGCGGCAGCUUCGAUUGCUCCUUCCUGCGCGCCUUCCGCCUGGCGCUCGAAGUGAUUCAGAAGCUCCGCCCCUUGCCGCCGCUGGAUCUGGUGCUGAAUGCCGGGGACGAGACCGUGGACAACACCCUGCAGGCGGCGCCGGUAUUCACGCGGGUGGGCACCCGGUGGACACACUCCCUGGCGCUGCCCGCGGAGUGGCAGCUGCACCCGGGGCAGUGUGGGAAGAGCGUGAAGGUGGGAAUGAACGCCAUGCUCCAGAUCCGCUGGGAGGACAGGGAAGCGCUCUUGGUUUGGCGGGGGUCCCACUCGAACUUGUGGUCCCCGCACUGCAAGAUCUCACCAGCCGCCAGGGAUGAGGAGAUGCUUAGGAAGUGCGUGGAGCUGCCUUUGGGGGAGAUCCGUUUGCCCCGCUGGGACCUCAGCACCUGGCUGCAGAUGCCCCGGGGCCGGCUGCUGAUGCUCACGCGCUUCGCGCCUUAUCUGAUCGACGCCAAGCUGGUGGACUCCCAGGUGGCCCCCAUGAGCUCUGAGCUGGAGCAGUUCUUGCGGGAGGAGCAGCUCUUUGGCGACCGGAUCAAGGGGGAGGACUUUGCGAGGUACAAGUACCAGAUCGCCAUCGAGGGCAACAGCGCGGCGGACCGCAUCUGCUGGCAGCUCUUUUUGGGCUCUGUGGUGCUGGUGCCGGACGGUCCCUGGCAGAUUUUAGCACCUCUAAGCCUCAUGCAGCCCUGGGUCCACUACGUGCCAGUGAUGUAUGAUCUCAGCGAUUUGGUGGAACGACUUCAGUGGCUGCGCUCCCACGACGAUGAAGCGAAGGCCAUCGCUUUGAACGGCGUCACCUUUGCCCAUCGUUAUCUAACCUGUGACGGGAACAUCUACUAUGUGGACCGCUUGCUUCGUGCGUAUGCUGACAGACUCUCCGACUGACCACAAAUACCGCGAUCGCGUCCCAACACGAAGCUCCAGCGCUCAGCUCCCCCGCGGUUCCAACAGCAGGGCCCGGCCAGCGGCCGUGCCCGGGGUUUCCUGGACUGCGACGGGGCGUCCUGACGCGACCGUCGAGGUGGUGUCGACAAGGCGAAGCCGCGGAGCCGAGACGGCC